GAAAAAAGGUCUGCUUCGGACAUCCCUCCCUCCGCUUCAUCGCCGUCUCUCCGCUGUCGCCUGACCAAAAAAAUGACAGAGGAAGAGGUGGCGAUGGAGAUGGAAGCCGUAGAAGCAGUUUACGGAGACGAAGCCGUCAUAGUGGAUUCAUAUCCUCCUCAUCUUCACCUCCACAUCAAGCCCCGCACCGCCGAGAUCUCUUCUCAGCAGUUUGUGGAAGCUGUUGUGAGAAUACAAGCAGGUUCUAAGUAUCCAGAAGAACCGCCGGAGAUUAGUCUGAUUGAAUCCAAGGGUCUUGAUGAGCAAAGGCAAAAGCUUUUGAUUGGGUUUGUGCAUGAGAAAGCUUCUGAGCUAUCAUCUUCUCUGAUGCUAGUUGCACUUUGUGAGGAAGCAGUUGAGAGGCUGACGAUUAUGAACCAUCCGGAUGGAGAUUGUCCACUUUGUUUGUAUCCCUUAUUCCCUGAGGAUGGCGAGAGUAAUCCAAUGCCCUUUAUGAAGCUCAUGUCUUGCUUCCACUGUUUCCACUGUGAGUGCAUCAUUAGGUGGUGGAAUUGGCUUCACACAGAGAAAGAAGCUGAUUCAGAACAUGGUAACUCUGGAUCAGUAGAUAAAAGCUUGGGCAACUGUCCUGUGUGCCGGAAAGUUGUUCAUGCGAGUGAUAUUGAACAUGUUCUCGGCUUAGUAGGUGCUCAGUCAUCUCAACAGGAAACUGGUUUGGUACAAGGUGAGGACAAAGAAGACCCACUGCUCCAGUCAGAGUCAGAGAACAUGAGAAGAGAGCGGUUUGAGGCGAUUUUAAAGACGCAGGAAGAAAAGGGAGGUCUGGUUCAACCAAAGAAAAACAUAUCGGUUGUGCCCGGUAUGUAUCUUCCUCCUCCACCAGCUCCUGCAUCAUCUUCAUCAAACCAAGAAGAAGCUCGAGAGAUGGGACAACAAGUGGAACACAAAGAAGCUGAAUCAGAGACGAACUCUAGCAGCUCCAACAACAGGAGAGGCAGAGGCCGAGGAGGGCGGGGACAUAGUAAUGUCAACAGAAGGAAGCAGACCUCGCAAGAUCCAAGAAAACCUACGAAGCAGUGGGUGCAGAGGAGUUGACAAAACUCAUGUAUUAUUUAGAUAUAUAUAUAUCGAGAGAGAGAGAGAGGCAGGGAUCAAACUCUUACUCAAAAACUGACUACAUUACAAAAAUAAAUCCUCUGUUUUGCAAGGAUAUUUUUUAAAAGAAUUUUCACACAUUAAAAA